UCCACCAAUGACUCCCAGAAAGGGUGACAGUCAGCUAAAAGAUCUCAAAUUUGCAGUUACUCUACGUAACAUCUAAGAAGUGCUGUUCUUAGGGUAAAUCCAAAGGCUAAGUCUCCUUCAAGUCUCAGCAUCCUGUCAGGGCCAGAGGAAUGUCACAAUGCAGAGUCCCUCUCUGAGCCUGACUGGGUCUGCCUAUGGAACCACACCUGUGUUUACAAAGGGUCUACAAAACAUAAGAGCUACCAAGGGUCAGUUGGUGGUAUUUGAGUGUCGCAUUCACUCCACACCCACCCUGCAGGUUCACUGGUACAGGGAAUAUGAUCAGAUUGUGGAUUCUGCUGAUUUCCGAAUACUGCGGAAAAAGGCUUGUUCUUCAGCAGUUCCUGAGGAAGUCUGCACCCUGGUUAUUACAGAAGCUUUUCCAGAAGACUCUGGAAUAUUUAAAUGUGUUGCUGAAAAUGAAUUUGGGUCUGCAGCAUCCAGUGCACAUCUCUCUGUUUCCCCAGGAGCUAAAGAGCUGGAAACCUUUGGAGGUGCUGCCCCCAGGCCAGCUAUGCAGGUCACCUUGAAGAAGCCCACCCUCCCCAGGAACAGCCAGGCAGGAGCCAAGGACCGUGGGGCAGCUGCUCUGCCAUCCUACAGCCCAGAGAGCCCCGGGCUGGGCACCCGAGCAGCAGCCACAAGCUUUAGUCAGAAGAACUCCAAGAGCCAAGCUGAAGACUUCCAUGGAGUUUAUGAAAAUUCACCUCAGGCUUCACCUCUGCGGUAA